GGAGCACGUGGAUACCUCGCCAGCGGGACUCUGGAAACUUUGGCUGUGAGGAAGUCACUUGCACCUCCACCUUGGAACGGUGCUAUCAGACUUUCUCCUUUUCACUUUCGUCCCCACCCUGAGAAGGGCAGGUGGCUUCACUGUCUUCCUUGGAAAAGGGAUACAGCCACCUUCAGCAGGACCACCAGAAAUCCCAACAAGUUACUGAGCUGCUCAACAAAAGGCCUUGAACCCCCACAUCUCCACCCUCAUAACACCAGGUAGAGCAGCCUGGCAAAGGCUCUGAGAAGGCAGUGGCCAGCAGCUUCCCAUUGUGCCAGGCACAGCCCAUCAGAAAGAAAACCUUGGAAGAGGAACCUGGGAGAAGGACAGCAGAAACUCUUUCUCCUAAUUCACCAGAAUAAUACUGACCACCAUCUUCGCUACGAGGAGGUUGGCAGAGUCUUAGGAACUAAAGCCUUUAAACAACAGGGACCUCCUGUCUCUAGAAUAAGAGCACACCAGAAGCCCCUUGUGCUGGGACUGGAGACAGCAAUUGGUUCUCCAUGCCUGGUGCUCCAGCCUCCUGCCAGAUGUGGGCCACCACCUGCCAGGAGAAACGUCCUCUGUCCAGCCUUGCGGCCAAGCUCGGAAUCCCAGGAUCAUGGGAGACUGCCUUGACCUUCUCUUAGGAGUCGUACUCCUGACCAGUCCUGCACUUGGAAUUUCUUCCUGCUUCUUCAAUGGUUGGAGAGCCGUCUAUCUUUCCUGCAACCUCACCCAAGUGCCCCAUGUCCCCAACACCACCAAGAGCCUCCUGCUCAGUUUCAACUAUAUCAGAACAGUCACAGCCACAUCCUUCCCCUUCCUGGAGCAGUUGCAGCUGCUGGAGCUGGGAACUCAGUUUACCCCCUUGACCAUUUCCAGAGAAGCCUUCCGAAACCUGCCCAAUCUUAGGAUCCUGGACCUGGGUGGAAGUCAGAUAGACUUCUUGCAUCCAGACGCUUUUCAGGGGCUGUCCCACCUCGCUGAACUUCGACUGUUUUACUGUGGUCUCUCCGAUGCUGUAUUAAAAGAUGGUUAUUUCAGAAAUUUGGCAUCUUUGACUCACUUGGACCUAUCCAAAAAUCAAAUUCAGAGUCUUUACCUUCAUCCCUCAUUCCAGGAACUGAAUUCCUUGAAGUCCAUUGAUUUUUCCCUCAACGAAAUACGUAUUGUAUGUGAGCACCAGCUCAAACCCCUCCAAGGGAAAACACUCUCCUUCUUAAGCCUUGCUGAUAACCAGCUCUACAGCAGUUUCUCCGUGGACUGGAGGAAGUGUCUGAACCCAUUCAGAAACAUGGUCCUGGAAACCCUAGAUGUUUCUGGCAAUGGCUGGGGGGUGGAUGUCACAAGAAACUUCAGCAAUGCCAUCAAUGGGAGCCAGAUUUUCUCUUUGGUUCUUACCCGUCACACUAUGGGUUCUUCGUUUGGCUUCUCCAACCUGAAGGAUCCUGACCAGCACACCUUUGCUGGGCUGGCCAGGAGCUCGAUGAUACAGCUGGACAUUUCACAUGGGUAUAUCUUCUCCCUGAACUUCCGAGUCUUUGAGACGCUCCAAGAGCUGAAGGUCCUUAACCUCGCCUGCAACAAGAUAAACAGUAUUUCGAGGAAUGCAUUUUAUGGACUUGACAACCUCCAAGUUCUCAAUAUAUCACAUAACCUUCUUGGGGAACUAUAUGAUUAUAAUUUCGAUGGACUGCCUAAGGUGGCCUAUAUUGACCUGCAGAAGAAUCACAUUGGGAUCAUUCAGGACAAAACAUUCAAAUUCCUGAGGAAAUUAAAUACCUUGGACCUCCGGGAUAAUGCUCUUAAAACAAUUUAUUUUCUUCCAAGCAUUCCUAAUAUCUUCUUGGGUGGCAAUAAGCUGAUGACUUUGCCAAACAUCCCACUUACAGCAAAUUUCAUCCAAUUAUCAGAGAAUAGGCUAGAAAAUCUGAAUGAUCUCUACUUCCUUCUCCAGGUACCUCGUCUCCAGAUUCUCAUUUUAAAUCAAAAUCGCUUUUCCUUUUGUCACCAAAACCAUGCCCCUUCAGAGAAUCCCAGCCUAGAAAAGCUUUUCCUUGGAGAAAAUAUGUUGCAACUUGCCUGGGAAGCCGGGUCAUGUUGGGAUGUUUUUAAGGGGCUUUCCCAUCUCCAGAUCCUCUAUCUGAAUAAAAACUACCUGAAUUUCCUUCCACCAGGAGUAUUUCAUCAUCUGACUGCACUGAGGGGACUCAGCCUCAAAGACAACAGGCUGACUGUUCUUUCUCCUGGUGAUUUACCUGCUAACUUAGAGAUCCUGGAUAUAUCUGGAAACCAGCUCCUCUCUCCUGAUCCUGAUUUAUUUGCAUCACUGAGUGCCGUGGACCUAACUCAUAACAAAUUCAUCUGUGAGUGUGAACUUAGUGCUUUUAUCCAUUGGCUCAAUCAAACCAACAUCACAAUAUCUGGGUCUCCAGCAGACAUGUACUGCAUGUACCCAAAUUCUCUGGCUGGGGUUUCCCUUUACAGUUUUUCCACAGAAGGUUGCGAAGAAGAAGAAGUUUUAGAGUCCCUAAAGUUUUCCCUUUUCAUCUUGGUCACUGUCACCUUGACUCUGUUCCUCGUGGUCAUCCUCAUGGUUAAAAAGUUCCGGGGGUUUUGUUUCAUCUGUUAUAAGAAAGCCCUGAGUCUGCUGUUCAAGGACCCCAUCAAGGGAAGAGAAUCAGAUACAUACAAAUACGAUGCCUAUUUGUGCUUCAGUAGCAAAGACUUUGAAUGGGUGCAGAAUGCUUUGCUCAAACACCUGGAUGUCCAGUACAGCCCCCAAAACAGAUUUAACUUGUGCUUUGAAGAAAGAGACUUUAUGCCCGGGGAAAACCACAUCGCCAACAUCCAAGAUGCUGUGUGGAGCAGCAGGAAGAUCAUCUGUCUCGUGAGCAGACACUUCCUUAGGGACGGGUGGUGCCUCGAAGCCUUCAGUUAUGCCCAGAGCAGGUGCUUAGCUGACCUCAGUGGUGCCCUCAUCAUGGUAGUGGUGGGAUCCCUGUCCCAGUUCCAUCUGAUGAAGCAUCAGCCCAUCAGAGGGUUUGUCCAGAAACAGCAGUACUUGAGGUGGCCUGAGGAUCUCCAGGAUGUCGACUGGUUUCUCAAUAAACUCUCUCAAUGCAUUCUAAAGGAAGAAAAGGAAAGGAAGAAAGUCAGUGCUAUUCAGCUGCAAAGUGUAACCACCAUCUCCUAGUCAAAGGAGCAGUUUCCACUUAUUAGAAGCCACAGAUAACUCUGUACCUUUUAUUUCCAACAGUUACCAUUUGCAUGCCUUUGUGUUCAGUUGCUCAGUCAUGUCCUACUCUUUGCGACCCCAUGGACUGUAGCCCACCAGGUACCUCUGUUCAUGGGAUUUCCUAGGCAAGAAUACUGGAGUAGUUUGCCAUUUCCUCCUCCAGGGGAACUUUGUGACCCAGGGAUCGAACCCAAGUCUCCUGUGUCUCCUGUAUUAGCAGGCAGAGUCUUUACCACUGAGCCACCGGGGAAGCCCUUAAGUUGCCAUUUGGGGUUCCUUUAUGGAGUUGUUGUUUUCCUACAAUGGAAAGAACAUAAAUCUCCUUGAUUUUCAUAGCAACAUAAUGUUUUGUCUUGCCAACGUCCAAAUGGAAAGUAAUAGAUCUAGAAAAUUGCAACUGCCCCCAGCAGUUCUUACUCUGCAUUGAUUUCCUUUCAGAACCAGUAACACUGAUCUCUCCCAUUGCAUCGACUAUAGGAUAAAUCCUCUGCAUGGCAGGGGCACCUUGGGAGAAGUUAGAGAAGGUCAACACCCAUUCUCUAGGAUUCAUUUCCAGAAGGGGGCUGGUCAGUGAUUCUGAGGGCUCUGUGCCUGGCACAACAACACUAAGUAGAAAACAAACAGAAAAAGAGGCAUGGUUCCUACUGUUACCAUGAGAACAAUGCCAUUGCUCAGUACAGGUCAUGCCCAGUCUCAGGGAUCAGAGUGGCCCCAAAGAAGCCAGGAUGAGAAUGACUAGAUCUCCCGGGGCCAUAUUGCCCCAUUUCUUCUUACCUCUUGGAUCUAACCCUAGUGGGCCAUGGACGUUCUUUUUGGCUUGCAACCUUUAUUUCAACCUGGCUUUCAAGAACCUUUGUGAUUUAGCACCAGCCUAUUUCAGGCCUCCCUGUCCAUCACCAAUUCCCGGAGUUUACUGAAACUCAUGCCCACCGAGUCAGUUAUGCCAUCCAGCCAUCUCAUCCUCUGUCGCCCCCUUCUCCUCCUGCCCC